AUGAAACAAUAUCACACUGUCCUUUCCAUGUCCAAAACAAUUGAAUUGGUAGGAAUCUCUCACGAUGUUUAUUCUCUUAGCAUCUUAAUUAAUUGCUUCUGCCACUUACACCUUGUGGAUUUUGGCUUCUCUGUUUUUGGUAAGAUGCUCAAAUUCGGAUUGGAGCCUACCACUGUGACAUUUAAUACCUUAAUUAAUGGGCUUUGUAUGGAGGGUAAAAUCGAUAAAGCAGUGGAAUUUUUCGAUGAUAUGGUUGCACGUGGUUAUCAACCUGAUGUUCGUACUUUCAAUGUGAUAGUAAACGGAAUGUGUAAAUUUGGGAAAACAAAUGUGGCUAUUGGGCUACUAAAGGGAAUGGCUGACAGGGGUUGUGAGCCAAAUGUUGUGACAUACAGUGCAAUCAUUGACGCCCUUUGCAAGGAUGAGCUAGUUGGUGAGGCUUUAGAGCUCUUCUCUCAAAUGAGGAAUAAGGGCAUUUCACCUGAUGUCAUCACUUACACUGGUUUAAUUCACGGCGUUUGCAAAUUAGGCCAAAAGAACCAAGCUUUGGCCUUGAUGAAUGAAAUGGUGGAGCAGAACAUAUCACCUGAUGUUUAUACCUUCAAUGUAUUGAUUGACGCUCUUUGUAAGGAUGGAAUGGUUUCAGAGGCUCAAAAUACAUUCAAUGUAAUGAUUCAAAGAGGUGUAGAGCCUGAUGUGAUCACAUACACAUCCUUAAUUGAUGGUCUUUGCAUUUCAGACCAAUUCAAGGAAGCUUUGGCCUUGUUGAAAGAAAUGGUGGGGAGGAACAUAUCCCCUAAUGUUUUUACCUUCAAUAUAUUGAUGGACACUCUUUGUAAGAAAGGACUGGUUUCAAAUGCACAAAAUAUAAUCAAAAUAAUGAUUCAAAGAGGUGUGGAACCUAGUGUUGUCACUUAUAAUUCAUUGAUGGAUGGAUAUUGUCUGUGCAAGCAAAUUGAUAAGGCUAGAAAGGUAUUUGAUCUGAUGGUGACCAAUGAGAUAGCUGACAUUUUUAGCUACAACAUUUUGAUCAAUGGAUAUUGUAAGUGCAAAAUGAUAGAUGAUGCAAAGCAGAUUUUUGAUGAAAUGUCUCAUAAAGGUUUAGUUUCUGAUGGUGUUACUUAUUCUACUCUUAUAGAGGGUAUGUUUCGAGCAGGGAGGCCCCAAACUGCACAGGAGCUCUUUAAGAAUAUGUGCUCUCAUGGUCAACAGCCAAAUGUAGUAACCUUCUCAAUUAUGAUUAAUGGCUUGUGUAGACAGGGGAAUCUCGAUGAAGCACUCACCCUAUUAAAAGAAAUGGAGGAAAGGCAGUUGAAGCCUGAUCUUGUGACCUAUUGCAUUCUGAUCAAUGGUAUGUGCAAAGCUGGCAAGAUUAAUGAUGCCAAGGAACUGUUUUCUAGUCUUUUUGAAAAUGGUUUACAACCUAAUGUUCAUAUAUAUAGUGCAAUUAUGAAAGGACUCUGCCGAGAGGGAUUAAUAGAUGAAGCAUAUAAGAUUUUUAGAGACAUGGAAAAGGGAGGAUGUUUACCAAAUAAUUUUUCUUAUAAUAUCAUCAUUCAAGGGUUUCUCAGGCAUGAGGAUUUACCAAAAGCAUCCGAACUAAUCAAUGAAAUGGUUGACAAGGGAUUCUCUGCUGAUACUACUACCACCAAAUUGGUAGUACGUUUAUUGUGCAAUGAUGAUCUCAUCCUGAGGCUUUUAAAGGUGCGCAAUGAGGGAUCAGCAAACUAA